AUGGAGGCUGCAGUAAUGGCAGCGCUGUGGACUGCAAUGGAUGAGUCCCUAAGCCCCAUUUGCAACAAUACUGCUGAUACCAGGGCCUCUUGUGGCUGCAAGGCAAGUGGUGUUGGGUCAGCUUUGCAUUGCUGGGAUGAAGUAACUGACAAAGCUACUUCUGAGGUAAAGGGAGUGGAGAACACCACAGAGGUGAGCACAUUCUUCCUGCUAGGAUUCACCGCUGCCCCAGAAUUACAGGGCCCCCUCUUUGCCCUGUUCUUGCUGACCUACCUCACCACUCUGAUCGGGAACCUUGCGAUGAUACUGGUGAUUCUGCUGGACCCUCGUCUGCACACGCCCAUGUACUUCUUCCUCAGCAACCUGUCCCUGGUGGACUUCUGCUACUCCUCAACUGUCACCCCAAAGGUUUUGGCUGGUUUGCUUACAGAUGACAAACUUAUUUCUUACAAUGCCUGUGCUGCUCAGAUGUUCUUCUUUGUCUUCUCUGCCAUGGCAGAGAAUUACCUCCUGGCCUCCUAUGAUCAAUUCAUGGCUGUGUAUAAGCCCAUUCAUUACCCUAUGAUCACAAUGAGGAGUGCGUGUAUUCACCUGGACAUUGGCUCUUACCUCUCUAGUUUUCUGACUGCUGCUAUUGAUAUUGGAGACACCUUGAUGUUCUGCCUCCCUUUCUGUGUGAGCAAAGUGGUCCACGACUUCUGUGAUAUUCCACCACUCAUGAUUCUGGCAUGUUCUGAUAAACAUAUGAAUGAACUGAUUCUCAUUUUCAUCCCUAGCUUUCAUAUUAUUUUUGUACUAGGUGUUAUUUUAAUAUCCUAUCUGCUUAUAUUUAUCACAGUUUUGAAUAUUCACUCAAGAAAGGGAAUGAAGAAGGCUUUGACCACCUGUACGACCCACUUCACUGCAGUUUCUUUGUUGUAUGGAACUGUCAUAAUCAUGUACCUGAAUCCCAGUUCCAGUCACUCCCUGGACAAGGACAAAAUCUCCUCUGUGUUCUACACCAUGGUCAUCCCCAUGCUGAACCCUGUGGUCUAUAGCCCGAGGAACAAGGAGAUCAAGAGUACAUUCAUAAAGAUUGUUGUGCAGGCAAAUUUUUCUGUAGGAUUUUAA